UCGCAGGGUUGCGCGCGGAGCUGCUGCUACCGAGGCAGCGGCGGCGGCGCUGAGGCGGUGGCAGCGCUGCCGACCCUGGGCCGCCCGGCCUCUCAGCUCGCCUUCCAGCCUCGCCUGAGCCCGCCGGGGCCCGCGCCGGCCAGCGCCUGCCCUAUGAGUGUGUCACUGGUUGUCAUCCGACUGGAGCUUGCGGAACACUCGCCCGUCCCCGCCGGCUUCGGCUUCAGCGCCGCCGCUGGGGAAAUGUCUGAUGAGGAGAUCAAAAAGAAGACACUAGCUUCAGCUGUAGCCUCUUUAGAAGGGAAGUCACCAGGGGAGAAAGCAGCAAUCAUACAUCAGCAUCUUGGCCGUCGAGAAAUGACAGAUAUGAUCAUUGAGACCAUGAAGUCUAAUCCAGAUGAGCUGAAAGCCACAAUGGAAGAAAGGAAGUCUUCAGAAGCAUCUCCCACUGCACAGAGAAGUAAAGAUCAACGUAUAGAAUGCAUAAACGCUCCCGAUUCUCCAUCCAAACAGCUUCCAGACCAGAUUUCGUUCUUUAGUGGAAAUCCAUCAGUUGAAAUAGUUCAUGGUAUUAUGCAUCUAUACAAGACAAAUAAGAUGACCUCCUUAAAAGAAGAUGUGAGGCGCAGUGCCAUGCUGUGUAUUCUCACAGUCCCUGCUACAAUGACCAGUCAUGACCUUAUGAAGUUUGUCGCCCCAUUUAAUGAAGUAAUUGAACAAAUGAAAAUCAUCAGAGACUCUACUCCAAAUCAAUAUAUGGUGCUGAUAAAGUUUAGUGCACAGGCCGAUGCAGAUAGUUUUUAUAUGGCGUGCAAUGGCCGCCAGUUCAACUCCAUAGAAGAUGAUGUUUGCCAGCUGGUGUAUGUGGAAAGGGCUGAAGUACUGAAAUCUGAAGAUGGUGCCAGCCUCCCCGUGAUGGACCUGACCGAGCUCCCCAAGUGCACGGUGUGUCUGGAGCGCAUGGACGAGUCUGUGAAUGGCAUCCUCACCACGUUAUGUAACCACAGCUUCCACAGCCAGUGCCUGCAGCGCUGGGAUGACACCACGUGUCCUGUGUGCCGGUACUGCCAAACGCCAGAGCCAGUGGAAGAGAAUAAGUGCUUCGAGUGUGGCGUGCAGGAAAACCUGUGGAUUUGUUUAAUAUGUGGCCACAUAGGAUGUGGACGGUAUGUAAGUCGACAUGCUUAUAAGCACUUCGAGGAAACACAGCACACGUACGCCAUGCAGCUCACCAACCAUCGAGUCUGGGACUAUGCCGGAGAUAACUAUGUUCAUCGACUGGUUGCAAGUAAAACAGAUGGAAAAAUAGUACAGUAUGAAUGUGAGGGUGAUACUUGCCAGGAAGAGAAAAUAGAUGCCUUACAGUUAGAGUAUUCGUAUUUACUAACAAGCCAGCUGGAAUCUCAGCGAAUCUACUGGGAAAACAAGAUAGUUCGGAUAGAGAAGGACACAGCAGAGGAAAUUAACAACAUGAAGACCAAAUUUAAAGAAACAAUUGAGAAAUGUGAUAAUCUGGAGCACAGACUAAAUGAUCUCCUAAAAGAAAAGCAAUCUGUGGAAAGAAAGUGCACCCAACUAAACACGAAAGUGGCCAAACUCACCACAGAGCUCAAAGAGGAGCAGGAAAUGAACAAGUGUUUGCGAGCCAACCAAGUCCUCCUGCAGAACAAACUGAAGGAGGAGGAGAGGGUGUUGAAGGAGACCUGCGACCAGAAGGAUCUGCAGAUCACCGAAAUCCAGGAGCAGCUGCGUGACGUCAUGUUCUACCUGGAGACACAGCAGAAGAUCAACCACCUGCCUGCUGAGACCCGGCAGGAAAUCCAGGAGGGACAGAUCAACAUCGCAGUGGCCUCAGCCUCCAGCGCCCCCUCUUCGGGUGGCAGUGGGAAGCUGCCCUCCAGGAAAGGCCGCAGCAAGAGGGGCAAGUGACCUCUAGGAAACAGGUGUUGCUGAGACUGUUCUCCCUGGCGCGGCAAGGGUGUGCUGGGGCUUCAGCUACAUGUGAGGGUGGACCUUGAUUAAGUACAAGUGAGGACGGAGCCGCCGUUGUUUGGAUCUUUUCUUGGCUGGCGUGCGCUGUAGUAACUGGAGGGCCAGUGGCCGUGGCGAGGAGAGCUGAUGGGAAUGGGCCG